AUGGCACGGCCGCUGGGCAGGGCAUGGAUCGACCUCGCGUUGUCUGCCCGGUCACCGGCAAGUCUUCCUCGAUUCCCCGCUACCGCUCCGACAGCUACGAUAUGGCGACGAAGAAGAGACGUUGGUCCGGUGGACAAGCAACAACGGAGGACAUACCUUGGCCAGACGCAGAGGAGAAGAGCAACGGCGUCGGCGGGGACGAGUUUUGGACAUCCGGUUGUGGACCAUCAUUACGAUGCGAUCGUCGUUGGAGCAGGUGGAGCAGGUCUCCGCGCAGCAGUCGGCCUCGCAGAGUCCGGCUUGGAAACAGCGUGCAUAACGAAACUCUUCCCCACCCGCUCCCACACAGUCGCAGCCCAAGGCGGCAUCAACGCCGCCCUCGGCAACAUGACCAAAGACGACUGGCGCUGGCACAUGUACGACACGGUCAAGGGAUCCGACUGGCUCGGCGACCAGGACGCCAUCCACUACAUGACGCGCGAAGCGCCGAAAACAGUUUACGAAUUGGAAAACUAUGGGAUGCCAUUCUCCCGCACAGAGGAUGGGCGGAUUUAUCAGCGGGCGCUGGGAGGUCAGAGUCUGGAGUAUGGGAAGGGCGGGCAGGCGUAUCGGUGUUGUGCGGCGGCUGAUCGGACUGGGCAUGCGAUGUUGCAUACGCUUUAUGGGCAGAGUGUUAAGCACAACUGCAACUUCUUCAUCGAGUACUUCUGCCUCGACCUCAUGAUGGUCGACGGCAAAUGCGUCGGCGUCACCUGCAUGUCCAUGGAAGACGGCACGCUCCACCGCGUCUUUGCGCGAAAUACUGUGCUCGCAACAGGCGGGUACGGGAGGGCUUACUUCUCGUGCACUUCCGCUCAUACAUCUACCGGUGAUGGCAAUGCCAUGAUCGCCCGCGCCGGCCUCCCAAACCAAGACUUCGAAUUCGUCCAAUUCCACCCGUCCGGCAUCUACGGCGCCGGAGUCUUGAUCACCGAAGGCGCGCGCGGCGAGGGCGGGUACCUACUCAACUCCGAAGGCGAGCGCUUCAUGGAGCGCUACGCCCCGACGGCUAAGGACCUCGCCUCUCGAGACGUCGUGGCUAGGAGUAUGAACCUCGAGAUCCGCGAAGGUCGGGGCGUUGGCGCGGAUCGGGAUCAUAUUUUCUUGCAGCUGAGCCAUCUGCCGCCGGAGCUGAUUCAUGAGCGAUUACCCGGGAUUGCGGAGACAGCGUCCGUGUUUGCCGGGAUCGAUAUCACGAAGGAGCCCAUCCCCGUGCUCCCAACGGUGCAUUACUGUAUGGGCGGCGUACCGACCAACUACCGCGGCCAAGUGCUCACCAUCAACGAGAAGUCUGGCGAAGAAGCUACAGUCGACGGCCUCUACGCCGCAGGCGAAGUCGCGAGCGUAAGCGUGCACGGCAGUAACCGCUUGGGCGCGAAUAGUCUCCUGGACAUCGUCGUCUUCGGUCGGGCGUGCGCGAUGCAUAUUUCCGAAAACAACGAACGGGGGAUGCCUCACACCACCGCCCCAGAGGACAUCGGGCUCGAGAGUUUGAGAGAAAUGGACGCGAUCCGGCGCUCAGACGGCCAAACACUCGGCGCGCAAGUCCGGGCAGACAUGCAGAAGACGAUGCAAUCCGACAUCGCCGUCUUCCGCACCGCCUCCGCGCUCGAAGAGGGUAACGCCAAACUCGCUUCCAUCCAGGACACUUUCAAGAACGACCUAGCGGUCAAAGACAAAAGCAUGAUCUGGAACUCCGACCUGAUCGAAACGCUCGAAGUCCGGAACCUGCUCACCUGCGCGGCGCAGACUGCCGCGAGCGCGGUGGCGAGGAAGGAGAGUAGGGGCAGUCAUGCGAGAGAGGAUUUUCCCGAACGGGAUGAUGAGGCGUGGAUGAAGCAUACGCUGUCCUGGCAGAGGAGGGAGGGGGAGGCGGUGAGGUUGGGGUAUAGGGGUGUCGUGGGGGAGACGUUGGAUGAGGGGGAGUGUGCGGCUGUGCCGCCGGUGAAGAGAAGUUAUUAG